GGAAUGCUGCGCAUCCUUCCUGUCCCCCUUCAGAGCUGGUUAACCACAUCCCAGCGCCGAUUUACAGGUUCACAGCUUCAGCAGAAGGUGAUGCAAUAGCCAUUAUGCAUUUAAUAUAGCGUGUAAUCGCUACCAGGGGCUAGAUGUGUAAUAUCAUCUGUAAUCAAGACUGGUUAAACAAACAGAGAGUAUAAGGACACAGAGCACACAGCUGCUGUUCCUGAGAGAUCCUGCUCGAGUCUGAAGAACUUCACAUCUGAAAACCAUGCCUCGCAUCGAGAAUGACAUCAAGCUCGACUUCAAGGACGUCCUGCUUCGCCCCAAACGCAGCACCCUCAAGUCUCGUAGUGAGGUGGACCUGAUGCGCAGUUUUACUUUCAGAAACUCAAAAAGAAGUUACAGAGGUAUCCCUAUCAUAGCUGCUAACAUGGACACGGUUGGAACUUUUGAGAUGGCUUUGGCACUCCAUCAGUUCUCUCUUUUUACUGCUAUACACAAACACUACUGCGUAGACGACUGGAAAGAGUUUGCAGCAAAGCACCCAGAAUGCCUAGAGAGCUUAGCAGUCAGUACGGGUACAAGUGAGGGAGAUUUUGAAAGGCUAGGUGCCAUUUUGGAAGCUGUGCCAAAGGUCCAGUACAUUUGUGUGGACGUAGCAAACGGUUACUCUGAACAUUUUGUGCAUUUUGUGAAGGACGUGAGGCAGAAGUUCCCCUCUCACACCAUCAUGGCUGGUAAUGUCGUCACUGGGGAGAUGGUAGAAGAGCUGAUUCUGGCUGGAGCUGACAUCAUAAAAGUGGGCAUCGGUCCAGGCUCAGUGUGUACCACCCGUAAGAAGACAGGAGUGGGCUACCCUCAGCUGAGCGCUGUGAUUGAGUGUGCCGAUGCUGCACACGGCCUGGGAGGACACAUCAUCUCUGAUGGAGGAUGUACCUGCCCAGGUGAUGUCUCUAAGGCUUUUGGUGCUGGAGCAGACUUUGUGAUGCUUGGUGGGAUGCUGGCAGGUCACUCUGAGAGCGGGGGUGAGAUCAUUGAGAAGAACGGGAAGAAGUAUAAACUUUUCUAUGGAAUGAGCUCUGACACGGCCAUGAAGCGGCACGCAGGAGGAGUAGCGGAGUACAGGGCCUCAGAGGGUAAAACAGUGGAGGUGGUGUAUAAAGGUCCGGUGGAGGUCACAGUGAGAGACGUGCUGGGGGGUGUCCGCUCCACCUGCACCUACGUUGGAGCUGCUAAGCUGAAGGAGCUGAGUCGCCGCACCACCUUCAUUAGAGUGACUCAGCAGCUCAACACUGUGUUUGGUACUGAUAACUAGACUGCUGCUAAUACAGGUUAGCACUGGUUCAGAUCCAGAGUGAAGGUCUAAAACAGGUCCUCAUUUGAGCAACAUAGCCUUUAAUGAAUGUCAUGCAGUGGGUUAUAUUUUAAAUAUCUGAUGUAUUCUUUCUGUAGUAAUUAUCUGAUACAGAGACACCCAUGUUCACGUUCACACUCAGACACACACACACAGUACACACCAGGAUUAACCACACACAUUUUGCUCUUUUCCACAGUGUUUAUGAUUGCAACGACAAAACAAUGAGUUGUUGUUGUAUUCCAGUACUUUUAUAUUUACAUGAAUUUUCCAUGUAGUGUUCAGAAUGUAAUAAGAAUCGUCCAUGAAGCAUUUCUGCUCUUUUUUUCAUUCUGUCCCACUUAAUGGUUUUAGCACUGCACAGAAUGAAAGCUCAUAGAGUUUAUUUUUAAUGUUCUCUUAACAGGUUUCUCAGUUCUAGCCUUCACUGCCCUUAAUUCAUUUACACUGUGUUUCAUUGUCUUAAUUUAUAAAAUAUUCUUUAAAGAAGCCUUAUGUUUCCUCUAUGCAUUUAGCAACUACAGACAGGUCUAUUAGUGUUUGGAUGGAAAAUACAUUUAAAGAAUAACACUUUUUUUGCAAUCGAACUACUCAUAUGUAUUUUAUAUUGGAGAAAUUACUAUAAAGUACUUUCAUGACCAGACACUUCAUGGCCUGUUUCCUCAUUAUUUUAAGACAAAUUAAGGGAAUAAAGUAUUAAGGAUUGAUUUCAAGGUGCUGAAUUUGCAUUUAUUAGCUCUUCUUGGGAACACACGCCGUAUACACAGGCUCAAAAGCAAAAAAAGUAUGUUAAAAGCUGCUCAGCUGGUUUGGGAUCAGGUGACAGCGUGGUUAGAGCAUUCCAUUACUUUACAAAACCUUCCUCAUGCAAAUUCUGCACUUCUGCACAAACAACUCCAGGACCUUUAUCCUCUUAAUUUGGAAUGGAAUAAUGAGUAAACACGUCACACUUGAUCCUGAAAUCUAAAUCAGUCAACAGGCUAAUUAAUUUUAGGCUUGUAAAAAAGGAGACACUAAAAUAGCUGUAAUUUCUAAACACAAUAUUAAAUGCAGUAUUUCUGUUAAACCCCUUGAAUUAAACCCAAAGGUCCACAUUAAUAUAACAUUUGGAUUGUAAUUGGGUAGAGGCAAAUGUACAAAAACAAAUGUUAAUGUCCAAAUACUUUUAGACCUGACUGUAUUUUAGUCAUUUGUUUUAUUUAUGUUUUUUCACUGUUGGACCAAAAUUCAGAAAGCACUUUGACACAGUCAUUCCACAUCACUCCUUAUUCAGUAUAACUAAAGUCUUACAACAUGCUCUAUGCACUGAUGAAAGAAUACAGACGUUCCUGUAACCUGAUUAUUUGAUGUGUUAAGUUGGUACAGUAUAUACAGGUACUGUAUAAGCAUGCUACUAUACUAAAUGACACUGGACACAAACUUACAUUCCUUUGCACAGUUAAAGAGUGUUUUGAACAACUCUAGUCAGUCCGCUGCAGCAACAUUUCACUCUUUCAAUAGAGAAUCUGCUAUCUGUGUGUAAUUAGCAUUGUCUUAGUAAUUGAUGAUCAUCCUAAUGAUAUGCAGUCUGUUUCAGAUUCAUGCUGCUGGUUAAGAAUGUCACAGAACCAAAGCCUUUAAAAACAUAAUAGUUAAAAAUAAUGGUUCCUAUAUAAUUUGGUUGUUUAUCUAUAUUUUAAUGAAGACUUAUACACUUUUUGUGUGAGUGUGUAUGUCAGUAACCUGGCUGAUAUACAUUUAGAAUGCCCUGAAAUAUUUCUCUUUUGUCUUUUUGUUUCUGGCAGGAAAGUAUUUGCCAAAUGUUCCAAGUGUUGAUGAAUAAAAAACGAUUUUAACAAA